CGACGCUCUUCGGUUUGUGUAUCGGCUGCUGAGCUAACAGCUGCACCAAUUGUGUUUUGGUUUUGUUUUGCCUCCCAUGUGCAGCUAUCAUGAGCUCUGGAGGCGAUUCUCUGCCUUGAUGGUGCAUCUCACUGUGUAACAGCUGGACGUGUAGAUGUAGCUCUUAGCCUGCUCCAGGUGUGUUUACACCGUGUGUAUAUGUUCUCAGUAACAUAUCAGUGUCAAUAAAGAUGACAGAAAUGGAUUUAAGUGGCUGUAGCUAGCCAUACAUGUCUCUAAUUGUGAAGCUCUAAUCAGACAAUAUGAUUGUAUCUCUUAAUAAGCUGCAACAAUGACUUGAUUCAUUUUAAUCAUACUGUUAAAAACAGUAUUUAAGGAAACUUUAGCUCUAUACUUCCUAAGAAAUCAGUGUGGCAGCUGUAGCCAAAGCAGGUUCAUAAUCAUCUGAUACAGUAUACUGAAGAGUUGCAAUGCCUGUAGCAGUAGGUUCAGCUACACCUUGAACUUGUGUUAAUGGGGCAACAGCUGCCAGUAUCAGAAUUGGCCCGCCAGUCAGUUCUGCUGUAAAUCAGAUCUGACCCAUGACUGAGUACUACGAGGAGGGGGGGCUGCUGUACGAGCAAUCACCUCCCAUGCACAUCAAAGUGGAGUCUCCGGAGGGACCCUUUGGAGGGGGAGCCUCAGAAAACGGCUUCCCCAGGGAGGAUGAGGACUCGGAGGGUAGCUGUGACCAGAGCAGCGGGCUACCAGGGGGACUCCCCUUCAAUGUGGUAGUGGUGCAUCCGAACAUCAUGGCACCCGGCAUGUCCUCAGACGACCUCCUGUCCAUUGAACAAAACAGAGCUAUGUCAGCUGCACUGGCUGCUGGCGGUGCAGGAAAAAGAAAGAGUCGUUUCAGUGGUGCAGAGCUGGAGGUGUUAGUGUCAGAAGUCACUCGGUGUGAAGGAGAACUCUUUGGUCCUGCGGGAAGGCUGCGGCGGCGGGAGAGAGAGCGCAUCUGGGCAGGAAUCCUAGAGAGAGUCAACGCCGUGUCCAGGGUCCCACGCACCCUCCGAGAGGUGAAGAAGCGCUGGGAUGACCUGAAGAGACGCAAUGGGGGCAGGCUAGCGGACGCUCGCCACCGCAGCUGUUACCUGCCAUCCAGCAGGGGAGCCUCGAUGCUUGGCCGUCCAUCCCAGACUAGCCCCAGGCUCCAACAAGCCAGGCAGAAGCAAAGCAACAGACCAAAGCCCAGUUUUCCAUGUUUUCCUGACUCUGAUACAGGUGUAGGAGUGGAAGGAUCAGAGAGAGAUGGUCUGGAAAAAGAUGAGGACAAUCCUGAGCGUGAGAGAGAGAUGGGAGAAUCUGAGUGUGAGCCAGUAGAAAACAGCAUGGAAGACAAAUUGGGUUUAGGACUUGGUCUGGGCAUAGGACCACCCCCUCCAUCAGAACGAUGGCUGCCUCCUUCCCCACUCUACAGUGCGCCUUUCCUCAAUGGCAGCCCUCAGCCCAGUAGUCCUCAGCCUUCACUUGGAGCGCAGCAGGGUCCUCUUGAAGCCCCUCCACGCAGCUCCUGGCUUGAAGAUGAGCUACGGGGGCUAGGGGAAGCAGCAAUUCAACUGGGAAAUCGGGUAGAAAAGAGCCUGCGGGAGUUUGGGGAAGGUUUCAGGCAGGACAUGAGAACACUUGUCGCUUCACAAGAGGCGUUAGCAGUCAGUCUACAACAAAACAAUGUCCUCUUACAAAGGCUGUUAGGAGUGCUUGAAGCCCAGCAACAACCUCAGCCACAGCAACACCGUGUACAACAAGCACACCAAUCACAAACAUCUCAACAGCACUUACAGCCACAGCCAGCUCAGCAGCAGCAGCAGCAGCAGCAGCAGCUACAAAACACAGAACCAGUGCAGCAGCAGCAACAACAACAGCGGAUUGAAGCGCCACUGCAAACACACCUACAACAACAGCAGCAGCAGCAGCAGCAGCAGCCACAUGUAGUACAGCCACAGUCACAGCAGCACCAAACACAAAUACAGCAGCAGCCACAAGUCACCCAGCAUUCGAAUAAUCAAUCAGCUGUGGCGGUGGCUCCUGCACCAUCGUCCCCUGACGUACAUGGCACUUUUCCCUCUGAUCCACCCCCAAACACAAACGGCAGUGUGCAGAGGCCGCGGCGAGGAAGGGCUGUCGAUCACAGGCGCAGGAGACGGCGCUGAGGAGAAAGCACUUACAAGCUCAAAGUGCACAUCAUGCAUAUUUGGUGUUUCAAAACGUGACAUGAAAUUAUGCUUUUUUUCUAUUGGCAGUAUUUCUGUAAAAAUAAUGUUACUUGGAGUUUUACAUCGCACUUGAAAUCAGAAAAUCAUCUCGCACUUAAGUUUGUCUUCAGAGAGGACUGAAGCAGAUAAGAAAAUGAGAUAAUCAGGUGGCCUUAACAUUAGCUUGGUUCCUCAGACAUACGCUUAAAGACUUCCUGGAAAAACAGUUGCUCUGUGGAGUGACAGCUCCACUCAUGAGACUUUCAAUACCUGGACAACAACAUACUGUAGGUGCUGAUGUUUAAUAUGCAUGUCACUGUACAUGCUUUGCAGCCGAGCUGCGAAGCUCAUGAUGCUCUUACUAGUUCAGUACUGUCUAAAUUCUCCUGAUACACUAACCACAUUGUCAUAAAGUACUUGUAAUCUGCAGUUGUUACCAUAUAUUGUAGUUAUACAGCUAUUGUAAUUUCCUGCUAAUGUAUGCUUGUGCUUUUUAACAGUUUCAUGGAGAAGUAUGACUUUUCCAGCUUUGGUCGGACAAUAAAGUUAGACUGUGUUCUGUUCAGUGAGUUUUGAGACAACAGUGUUACAGAUUUUGAUGAAAAACAAAAAUACCUUCUGGCAUAAACAUCACAGUAGGCUUCAAACUUUAAUUCAUAUGUUUCUGGUGGAAUUAAAAAGCAUACAUAAGUAUGUAGGGGCUAUUUAUUCUAAUCUUGCAUGCAGUAUGAUGGAUGUGUUUGUAGAUAGUUGCAAAGAAACAGCAUAUGGCCAUCAUCUACGUAGUUUUGCACAAUCUAUAUUUUGUAGAUAGCGAAAUGUUCCGAUGAAAUGUAACUAAACUUUAAUAAAAGUCAGACAUGGACUGCAAAUAAAUCCAGCUGAUCACUU